AUGAGUUUGGCAAUUCUGUCAGCAGCAAUUGCGCAAAAAGCUGCCAGCAAAUAUCCGAAAUGUGAAGAAGACAAAACAGUGCAGCAGGACGAGGUGUACGUACACCCCCCAGUCCUCCACUUCACCUCCUCCUACAGCCUCCUGCCAGGGGCGGUGGAGAGUUUGUGCGUGGACGGGCUGCAGCAGCAGCAGCAGCGGUUCCGCAGCAUCGAAGCAGCAGCAGCAGCUUUGCUGCAGCAGUGUGUGGGGUUGCGCUGCUUGUCUCUGGUGUACGUACACCUCAGCAGCUGCGAGGGACUUCCCAAACUCCCGCUGCUGCAAACCCUAAACCUCCAAGGAAACGAAAUUGCUUCUUUCAAGGGUUUGCUGCACCAGCCCUCUCUCCAGGUGCUGAACUUGUGGGGCAAUUUGCUGUCGAGUUUCAAGUUCUUCCCGUGUCUUCCUCAACUAAAAGAACUAAACUUGAGCUGCAACCGCCUCAAAGGAGGCUUCGCCAGAUUAGCAGCAAGAGCGCCGCAGCUGCAGCUGCUGCGGCUUUCCCUCAACCCCCUCGACGACCCGCGCGAGCUGCAGCACCUCGAGCAGCUAGCUGACUUGAAGCAGCUGGAGCUUUAUGGGUGUCCUGUGGCUAGCCAGCUGCUGCAGCAAGAGUCUCCGCUGCUGCAGCGGCUGCGGGCCAGAGGCGUUCGUGUGCUGCUGCAGCAAAGCAGCAUGCCGCUGGACAUGCUGAAGCAGCUGCAGCAGAUGCAGCAGGAGCACCAGCAGCAGCAGCAGCAGCAGCAGCAGCAGCAGACGCAGCAGCAGCAGUGGGUUGCAGGUGGACAGACACCUGUAGCCAUCCGCAUCUCGCCUCCAAGCAGAAGCAGCAGCAGCAGCAGCAGCAGCAGAAGGUGCAGGCAGCACGCAGCAGUAGCUGCAGCAGCAGCAGCAGCCUCAAAAGCUACAGGAGGUGCUGCAGCAGUAGCUGCUGCUGCUGCUGCAGCAGAGGCUGCAGGGGCUCUUGCAGCUGAACUUGCUCCAGCAGCAGCAGCUGCUGCUGCUGCAGAGGCUGCUGCUGCAGUAGCUGCUGCUGCAGUAGCUGCUGCUGCAGUAGCUGCUGCUGCAACAGUGACAACAGAAGCUGCAGGGAUUCCUGCAGCUGCACAUGCUCCACAGCAGCAGCAGCAGCUGGUCCUGCUGCAGCAGCUGCAGCUGCAGCUGCAGCAGCAGCAGCAGCAGCAGCUGCUGCUGCUGCUGCUGCUGCUUCUUUGUCCCUUUUAUUUUUCAGUUUGCGUAGAGACCUUUUCUAAUUUUGUCCCUUUUUUAUUUCCCGUGUUUCCUUCGGGUGUAUCGACAGCUCGCUGCUGUCUUCAGAAUUUAAAAUGA